AAUUUUAGAAUUGGAUACUCCCGGGAAGAGUCUGUGGCUCUCAUCAGGAAGUACUAACUCACUCCAAUUGGCUGCCAGAGUUCGAUUAUGCUUUAUUCGGUGCUCGAGCUUUGAAAUUCAUGGAGCCGAUCUGCCAGCGAACUUGGUUCUUCUUUCUAAUUGUUGUCCUGUCUUCAACACGUUCGUUAUCAGAAUCCGAUCAGUUCUGUAACGCUGGGAUUGGAUUUGAUAAGUCAACCUGUGGUACUGGAUCAUCGUCGAAGCUACUGAUAAAGGGCGGGACUGUAGUGAAUGCUCAUCAGCAGGAGGUUGCCGAUGUUUAUGUAGAGGAUGGAAUUAUUAUUGCUGUGAAGCCUAAUAUCAAGGUCGGGGAUGAUGUUGCGGUCCUAGAUGCCACUGGAAAAUAUGUCAUGCCAGGAGGAAUUGAUCCGCACACACAUCUUGCUUUUGAGUUUAUGGGUUCUGAGACGGUUGAUGACUUCUUCAGUGGUCAGGCUGCAGCAUUAGCUGGUGGAACGACCAUGCACAUUGACUUUGUUAUACCAGUGAAUGGAAGUCUAUCAGCAGGGUUCGAAUCGUACAGGAAAAAGGCAAAGAAGUCUUGCAUGGAUUAUGGUUUUCAUAUGGCAAUCACAAAAUGGGAUGAAGUCGUUUCACAGGAAAUGGAAAUCAUGGUGAAGGAGAAAGGGAUAAACUCUUUUAAGUUCUUCCUAGCAUACAAGGGAGCUUUAAUGAUCAGUGAUGAACUCUUGUUACAAGGAUUCAAGAAGUGCAAAUCUCUUGGUGCCUUGGCCAUGGUACAUGCUGAAAAUGGUGAUGCUGUAUACGAAGGACAGGAGAGAAUGAUUGAACUUGGUAUAACUGGUCCAGAGGGACAUGCUCUCUCACGGCCUGCUGUGUUAGAAGGAGAGGCAACUUCCCGAGCAAUACGUCUGGCUGGUUUUGUGAACACUCCUCUAUAUGUGGUUCAUGUUAUGAGCAUUGAUGCAAUGGAAGAAAUAGCCAAAGCUCGGAAAGCAGGGCAGAGGGUUAUUGGAGAGCCAGUUGUGUCUGGUUUAGUUCUCGAUGAUUCUGGGCUUUGGGAUCCUGACUUCGUCACUGCGGCAAAGUAUGUCAUGAGUCCUCCUAUUAGACCAUUGGGGCAUGAUAAGGCCCUUCAGGCAGCCCUUUCAACAGGAGUUCUGCAGCUUGUGGGAACUGAUCACUGUAGCUUUAAUUCUACACAGAAGGCCAUGGGGAUUGAUGACUUCCGAAAAAUUCCCAAUGGCGUCAAUGGCAUUGAGGAAAGAAUGCAUUUGGUAUGGAAUACAGUGGUGGAGUCUGGCCAAAUAUCUGUCAGUGAUUAUGUUCGGAUUACAAGCACUGAAUGUGCUAGGAUUUUCAAUAUAUAUCCAAAGAAAGGAGCGAUCCUUGCUGGGUCUGAUGCAGACAUAAUUAUACUCAAUCCAAAUGCAAGUUUUGAAAUAUCUGCAAAGUCUCAUCACUCUAGAUCUGACACAAAUGUCUACGACGGGAAGAGAGGGAAGGGAAAGGUCGAAGUGACAAUUUCCGGAGGAAGAAUUGUCUGGGAAAAUGAUGAACUAAAAGUUGUUCCAGGUGCUGGAAAGUACAUAGAGAUGCCAGCUUUUAAUUAUCUGUUUGAAGGACUAGGCAGGGCAGAUGCUCAAUACCUGUCCUCGAUCCGUGCUCCGGUGAAACGUUUUCAGUUCACAGCAUCAACAGCAUGAAAUGACUAAGAAUUCGAGGAGCGGCUUGGUUUUUUGAUGCAUAUCAAGGCCUGAUACAACAAUUGAUGUAGGUCAGAAUCUUCUUCUUCUUCGGCUGGAUAAGAGAGAAAUAAAAGAGCAAGUAUUUAAUGUACGAUAUUUAUAUAAAUGCAAUUUUCAAAAACUAUGAUGGAAUCACUCACAGUUUCUUAUUCUGUAUUGUAAGAUUUUUAUUACGAUGAGUUUUUAGGUAAGUAUAGAAUUCACAUUGAAAUGAUCGUGGAUACCCUGCUGUUAUAAAUUCUAUUACAGUUAUGAAAUAUCCUUGUGUUCAUUGUAUGAUGUAAGAAGACAACAGUCAGUAAUCAUAGUCUUAAAUUUUAGACAAUUGUAUUACUUCAAAAUUCUAGCUGUGGCUAAACUUGGAAAAAGUAAUUGCAUACAAGGUUAUAAACGAAGCUGUCACCAUCAUGGAUAGAUAAAUCAGUUUCUAAUCUUAUUACUUCAAAGUUGAUUUGUUCAGGUAUUCCUCAGCCUCAGAAUCCAACAGGUACUAUGUUCUACACAAGCUUUCUUUAGCUACUGUAUUCAAACAUCUCUCUCUCUCUCUUUUUUUUUGGUUCAAUUUGGAUUUGAUUUGUUUAGUUAGAGAUUUUGAUUAGGCAGUUGGAGAUCUGAUUCUGAGACUAAAGUAAUGCUGAUGAAAGUACUUACUGCAAUAGAGUCAUCUGCUGCUGCUUGAUGAUGAUGUUGGUGGUGGUGAUGGCGGCGGUGUUGGUUUUGAUGUUCAUGGCGGUGGCGGUGUUGGUGGCGAUGUUUUUGUUGAUGACCUGCAGCCGCCAUUAACUCCCUUUCGUUCCCUAGGCUGCUUCUUUUGAACUCAGUUAAGUCAGUCUUCUGCUGUUUCCUGUUGGCACGAGCUUGAGUAAACACCACAGAAUAAUUGCUUGCUCCUGGGGCAUUGUGAUCCCACCCCCCAAAUUCUGGAACUGAUCUCCACCCGUUCUGUAUAUGCACCAACAUGUUAAGCUAUCGAGAAAUUAUUCAAUAUGACUAGUAGUUUCAUACAGUUAGAUAUAAGAAAAAAAAACUAAAUCUAUAUGGCGAUCAUCAUGUAUCGAGAUGGGAGAGUCAUGUUAUGACAAUCCCAGUGAGUAAAACUCUUGAAGUAACAAUCUUUAGUUGCAUUCAAAUAGAUUCAUUAUUUAUUUUCUU